AUGGUUCAGAGGCUCACUUACCGGACUCGCCAUAGCUACGCCACCAAAUUUAAUCAGCACAGAGUUGUCAAAACUCCUGGGGGGAAGCUGGUGUAUCAGACCACUAAGAAGAGAGCUAGCGGGCCCAAGUGUCCAGUCACCGGCAAGAGGAUCCAAGGGAUUCCUCAUUUGAGGCCUGCUGAGUAUAAGAGGUCCAGAUUGCCUAGAAACCGCAGGACUGUGAACCGUCCUUAUGGUGGUGUUCUUUCUGGAAGUGCUGUGAGGGAAAGGAUUAUUCGGGCUUUCUUGGUGGAAGAGCAGAAAAUUGUGAAGAAGGUGUUGAAGAUUCAGAAGGCAAAAGAGAAGCUAGCUUCUAAGAGUUAA